CUUUGCUGCUCAUCAGCUCGACGGACGCUGCCUUGGAAAUGACAUAAAUCCAGUCCGUGCAGCUGGGCUGAGCAGGGACCUACAUUUCCUCACUUCAAAAAGGCGUCCGCCCCUCUGCUCCUCUUCUUCUCCAUCCUUUCCUCCAUCCGUCCAUCCUUCCAUUUAUCCAUCCAUCCAGCCAGCUCUGAGCUGCGGGCAUGGAUGAUCCGAAAUGAGGCUUAAAUCCGGAGAGAAGGAACGGAGAGGAUCACUGAAAUAAAGGAGGGAGAGAGAUAGAAGGAAGGUGACGGGAAUCAGCCGUAGAGCAGGAUGCCGUUGGUGAAGAGGAACAUUGAGCCACGGCAUUUGUGCCGUGGGGCGCUGCCGGACGGGGUGACCAGUGAGCUGGAGUGUGUCACUAACAGCACACUAGCAGCCAUCAUCAAACAGCUGGGCAGUCUGAGUCGCCAUGCGGAGGACAUUUUUGGAGAACUGUUCAAUGAAGCCAACAGCUUCUACCUGAGGAUGAGCAGCCUGCAGGAGAGAGUGGACCAGCUGGCUGUGAAAGUUACUCAGCUCGACUCAACCGUGGAGGAAGUCUCCCUGCAGGAUAUCAACAUGAGAAAGGCCUUUAAGAGCAGCACAAUCCAGGACCAGCAGGUAGUGUCCAGGACCUCUGUGCCAAACCCCGUGGUUGAGAUGUACCACCGCUGCGACAAGCCCCCGCCGCUCAACAUCCUCAGCCCCUACAGGGAUGACAAAAAGGAUGCGCUCAAGUUCUACACCGACCCCUCGUACUUCUUCAACCUGUGGAAAGAGAAGAUGCUGCAGGCCACCGAGGACAAGCGCAAGGAAAAGAGGCGGCAGAAGGGCUGUCCGGCCCACCCUGACAGGCCCCACUCCAGACAGGCCCCACCCAGGAGCCCCCUGUCCAUCUCUGAGCAGCAAAAGCAGGUUGAAGAUCCGAGCAGAGAAGUGAAGAAGGUGCGUAAGGCUCGUAAUCGGCGCCAGGAGUGGAACGUCUUGGCCUAUGACAAAGAGUUCAGACCGGACGCCAGGCUCACCCCGUCUCCUUACCACGGCAUGUCCUCUGAAGGGUCCCUGUCCCCUGAUAGCAGAUCCAUGGCGUCUGACUCCUACCCUGCCAGCCCCAACCACCCCUCCACCCAGGCCCCCAGUGCGGCCCACCCCCCCGACCACCAUGCCAGGGAUCACCUGGGCCCCGCGGCCCAGACCCAGUCCCUGGACCGGGGCCUCCGGCCCGCCAACCAGCCCCCAGGGGCCACCGGGGCCCCGGGCCGGCACGUGGCUUCUCUGGGCCGGACCCCGUCGGGACACGGGGGCCCGGCCGGAGGAGACCCAACGGUUAACGGACCCAGGCAGCAGUCCAUUAAAGACUACCGGGCUGGACACAGCCAACCCUCCACCAUCCCAGAGUACUACAUCCCCCCGGCCCCUCCCCCGCCGCCCCCGACCAUCCCUUCUGCCCAGACCGCCUUCGACUCGGCGGCCGCCCCGCCCUCGGCGGCGGCGGCGGCGGCGGUCCCCCCCGCCUCCUCCGCCCUGUCCUGCCCUUACUCCCCCUCCCCUCCUCCCCCCCCAGCCAACUACGUGCCCUCUCCGGCCCACCCGCCUUCAGGCGCGCCCCCGGCCGCCCCCCCGCCGCCGCCCCCGGGGGUCCCCGCGGGAUACCAGGCCCACCCCUCCCCGCCGCACGCCGCCGUGGGCCAGACCGCCGUGGACGCGGCGCCCUCCGCUCGGAAGUCCACCAUGAUGGGGAUGAUCCCCAUGAGCGACGCCCGCUCCGACCUGCUGGCCGCCAUCCGUAGGGGGAUCCAGCUGAGGAAAGUGCAGGAGCAGAGGGAGCAGGAGGCCAAGCGGGAGCCCGUCGGCAACGACGUGGCCACCAUCCUCUCGCGCCGCAUCGCGGUGGAGUACAGCGAGUCCGACGACGACUCCGAGCUCGACGAGAACGAGUGGUCCGACUAAAACAAUCGACAGAUUGAGAUGAGAAUGGAGAUGAGAGGGCUGGGUGGGUGGAGUCAAAAACAUACGGCAUGGAAAGAAUAUGUCACUGACACGGAAACGAAAGGAUCGGGCUUGUUUGAAUGUUACUUAACAUUUUACCGUAAAAAGUUCCACAAAAUCAAUUACGCAUUCACUUUCACUGCCUGUUGCAUCUUCUGUAAACGCUGAGCGACAGGUUGAUAAGUUGGCACGGUUGCCCCUGACAACAUCUACUCUUACACUAAAAACCCCAGAGGUUUUGUGUCUCUCCACCCAGGGUGUACAGCACAACACGCGAGCGAUCCACCUCAGCAGCCUCUCGCCUCCAUCUGCUCAUUUACCACCGCAAACACCGAGGUGUGAAACUCCAACCCGCCGACUUCUCCCUCCUGACACAUGCGAGCGGUAAUUAUUAGCAAUAUCAAAAGGCCUCUCACGUAGUGAGCCCCGAGUGAGUAUGAGUGAGUAUUGUGUUUACAAAACACAUGAUAGAGCACAAGAAAGACUAAUAAUAGUGCAAUCGUCACGUAUCUGCCAAAUGUUGAGAAAUAAAUUGUGAAAGCAAGUCAGGAUAAUCAGGGAAAAUAUUAGCUUAUUAACAGAUUACUGUGCUUUUCCGGGUCGUGCCUGGUUGCUAAACGCACGCUCUCACUUAGCCACGCCAGCCUUUUGGGAGUUUGGCCCACUGGUCACCAACGUCAUGAACUUCGGCUGCUGUGAAUGCUUAAAAUGUGGAAGUUGUUAAAUCUCUAUUUCUGUAGUGCUGCCUUAAAAGAUUCUUUUAAGGAUAAAAUGGUUAAAAUUGCUUUUUGGAUAUGCUUCACAAUGAGAUCCCGCGUUCAAGUAUCUUAGUUUACAGAGAUAUAAUCAGGCUUUUUUUUCUUCUUUCAUGAACUUAAUUUUGCUUCAUAAUAAAAAAAGAAGUUGGUUUGAUGUUACGUUGUUGUAUAUUAAAGAGCCCAUAUUACAUUCCUACACAAGUUCAUCAUUUUAUUUUUUCUGAAAUGGGUUCACAGAUUUUUAAAGUAAAAAUUGCUGCAGCACUUACCAUUUUCCUUUUUAUCUGAGUGAACUUUUAUUAUGUUAAAAGAUGGAUAUGGAUGAGUAAAGCAAGAAAACCUUGACGACAAUCCAGGUUGUUAAGCGGCGAGCAGUUGGCGUCUUCAGCGGCGUGACUUUACAGAGCUUUAAAUGCACCAAGAAGCUAGAUGACAUUGAAAAUCUUGAAAAAAAAAAUACACAUAAUGCAUAAUAUGGCCUUGUUAAAAGGAUUUUUGAAUCGUUUGUAACCAUGAUGCAGCAGGAAGGACACGCAGCGAGAUGGGUAAUAUUGUCGGUAACAUGCUCAGUAAGCCAAACUCUCAAAAUCCGGGUGUCGUUCUUGAACUUACAUUUAAAUGAUUGUGGUAUCUUGUACUUCUCCCUUUGAGGUAGUGUAGUAAAACUGUGAUUAAAAGAUGGCUCCCGCCCAGAACUGUGCUGGCUUGGGGAACCAAGCACCACCAGCUUUGGUGACGUUAAACUCAUCAACCCGCCGCCAUCUCUCUGCAUCGAGCAGCAGGGCGAGCCAAUGAGCUUAUGCUGAUAUCAUUAUUGUUUUUCUUCUUUUUUUAGUUCUUGAUCUUUUGCCGUCAUUCCUAACUCGAAGCUUAACAUUUCAGCAAGUGACUGUGUGCUGUGAUCUUCUAUAAAGGCUUUUACACUCGAGCACAACCGGUGUGGCGCUCAGAGCUGAUGGUCCUGAGCCGGUGGGUCAGAGGUCACGUUCAGGGACACUGGCCCAACGCUGCGCUCUGCAGAAGCUUUGUCAACUAUAAAUACACGUGUACGAGACUUGCAACGGUUAAUAUAAAGUAUAUUAUUUCUCAGCUCCUUUCAGCGCACGUUUGCCUAAUCCUCCGUGCAAACAGGUUGGACUGUAGUGUUUUUAUAAUGUAAUUUUCCUUUUUAUUUUAUUUUUUAAACGUGGUGCGGUGAGGUGUUCGCUUUAUUUUAGACAUGCCAGAUGAACGAGAUUAAUCUGUGUCAGAGAAGCCGGUUUUUAAAAAAAACGAGCCAAACUAUAAAGAAAGCAAAUUUAUACCCCCGAGACCAUUCAAUGGCGAGUUCUUACAUGUUAUUGGUGUUUUAAGUUUCCGGCAAGAUUCUGUGGUUCUUAUCGUUGCUGCAAUGUACUGCAGAGCAUUGUGGGAAGUGGUGUGCUACUCAUGGAUUGGGUUAAGCAGCUGCAAUCAUCCACCUGAACUUUUCCUGUGAAGUACCCUCCACACAGUAAUUUGUCAGCCACCAGACCAGGUAUCCUCCACUGAGAAGUGGAAGUGGAGCCAUUCACUACAUUUAGAGCACUAUAUUGACAUCCUGCUGCUGAUUUAAAUAUUUAUAAUAAAUUCAGUCUUGAAAUCGGACCCUUUUGAGCCUACAAUGGAUAUAACUGUACAUGUAUGAACCUGAAAAAGAAAGUUCAUCCUCCGUCAGUUCUGCGGUUUACGUAGCAAGACAUGAAAAAAAGAUAUUUAAAAUGAAAAAUUAAAGAAUUUCUUGAAAGGAAUUAAUAAAGUUACCAUUUUCAAUAGUCAAAGUUUUCAAUUUAAUAAUAAAAAAGUAUCUUGUCAUGACCACAUCUAAAAAGUUAGGUAAAGCCAAGCUUAGAUGAACAACCACACACACUUGACCCGAUGACCGCAGGGGGCCCAGGUUACAUGACUGCAAAAGAGGCCCCUGUCAUCAUCCCCCCACCACCGUGCUUGACAGUUGGCAUGAAGCGUUUGCGCUAAUGUGCUGUUGGGUUUCAGCCAGACCUGGUCCUUCACGUUCUUGCCAGGAAUCUCCACCCUGAUCUUCUCUGUCCAAAGUUGCCACCUUCUUUUUAGAGACAAACUUGUUGAGUCAUUUUCUUAUUUUACUUGCAUGAACUAUAACGUUCAACAUGCUAACCGAGGCUAACCCUAGCUCCUGGGCUUUUCUGAGAAUUACGUCAUCCGACUUUGGGAUUAAGUUGCUGAAUCAGCCACUCAUGGAAACAUCGGAAUCUGUUUUCUAGUCGUGAAUAAUCAUUCGCACAAUUGGAUGAUAAAUUCCUCCAGUGGUUAGUUGUGUGAAAGACAAUAUGACUGUGUUGUUCUUCAUCAAUAAGCUUUCAUUUACUCAAAUGAACAAGAUUUAUUUACAUUAUGAUUAUUAUUAUUAUUUUAUAAUGUCUUGGUACACAAAAAACUAUUGAUUGAAGGACGUACUUUCUUUUUCAUGUGACUACAGACGUUUCUCACCUGGACAUUAUUCUUACUGAAGAUAAGACUAAAGAUGAAGAAAAAGACAUGUGACAUAUCUAUGGCUGUUUCCCAGUUAGGUGUCCCACAGGUUUGAAGACUUUGUUGUCGUGUCGCUUUGUAACAGAUGCCACGGUUAUGGGUAGCGCUCAAAAGCAGUUAUUUUGUCCUUGUAAAUAAAGAAGUGGAGGAUGUCACAGACUCUUGCAGCAGCAGCGCUCUGAUGCCGAUGUGGGACUCAGAUCCGUGCUAGACGUAGGAAUGAUGGCAGAUUUUUUUGGUAAUCCUUCCUGAUAGUUUGGAUGAGGGUUGUAGAACUGUGCCAAGACCUGAACUUGUAGACAUUGUUGUUGCAGUAACAAAAAGCACAUGAAGAGCUGGUGUGGGUUUGCCAGAGUUAGGUGAUAUUUCAAAAAAAAAAAAAAAAAAAAGAAGGCGGCGGCAAAGAAAAAAAGAUUUUUAUUGUAACAUAGGAGUUUGAAGCAUAAAACCUGCUACAAUGUCCUAAAUAUGACCCAGGCGUGAUUGUUUAUUCUGUGGUUGUGUCGUCGCACAGAACCCACAGAUACACACAUAUCUAUAACCACUCGACAUCUGUGGAUCAAACAGUCAGCACCCGCGUGAAGAAAAAGAAAACGGCUACUUUCCAUCUUCUAUGAUGUCAAAGCUUCUGCUCGUGGAGGUUUUUGUUGUUUGAAACGCUCAACCACGGACACAACUCAAAGUUUUGCAUUUCUGAACGUGGAAAGCAGACGAACCGACGGGGGCGAUUUCUCAACAACCCCCUCACCCCACCUCGUGUAUCUCUGGCUUCUGGCUUGUAAUAAAAUGUCAAGUGUUGAAAAUGUGAGAAAUGAAUCUUGUUGUAUAGACUUUUGGUAAGGCCGCUUGUAAAAUGAAAUCCAUCUGGUUGAAUAUAACCUAGACGAGGAAUCAAAGUUAAACUGUAUCGCGCACCAAAAUAAUCUGUAAGCAAGUAUGCAUGUAACUAUAGACAAUAAAUGG